AUGAAGUUGCCGGUGAUAUUGACGCUCGUCGCGGCAGCCGGGGCAAAGACGUCGUAUGCAGGGCACAAGGUAUUCCGCCUCACCUCUUCAUCGGAAAGCAACCAUUUCGCGCAGAACUUUACAUCGCUCGCACAGGAUUUGGCUCUGCCGAUCUGGAGAGAGCCUGACAUUGGAGGCCAAUUUGCCGACAUCCAAGUUCCGCCCAGUCUACUGUCAUCCUUUGAGGAAGGGAUCGAAGGAUGGGCAGAGCUAGAGGUCAUGCACGAAGACCUCGGGGCCGCUAUUGAUGAAGAGGCGCAGUAUCCAGAAUACAAGCGCGGAUCGGUCGACGCAUCGUGGUUCAGCAACUACCACCCUUAUAAGGACCACAUGGCAUGGCUAACCGACUUGCAAGCCAAGUACAGCAAGAACUCGGAAAUCAUUAACAUUAGCAAGUCUGUCGAGGGACGGGAUGUUUCCUGUAUCCGCAUAUUCGGCAAAGAAAAGGGCAAGCCGGCCAUCUUCUUCAUGGGCACCUUGCAUGCGCGCGAAUGGAUUACGACCACGACUACGGAAUAUAUUGCACAGAGUCUCCUGGAGAAUUAUGGAAAAGAUAACGAUAUUACCGCCGUUCUAGAUAAGUACGACGUAUAUAUUGUCCCAAUUACGAACCCCGACGGCUUCCUCUUCAGUCAGACCAGCACGCGCAUGUGGCGCAAGAACCGCAACAAGAACGACGGCAACAAAUGCAUGGGCGUCGAUACAAACCGAAACUGGCCCAUUGACUGGGCAAAGACGUCCAAGGAUCCUUGUGCCGACACAUACCGCGGGACAGCUGAGGGCUCGGAGCCUGAGAUACGCGGGUUGAUGAACACUAUGCAAGAUAUUAAGAAGAAGCAGGGCAUCAAGCUGUUUGUCGACUGGCAUUCUUACUCACAACUAGUCAUCUAUCCGUGGGGAUACACUUGCAACCAGGCGGCACCACGGACUGAAGAACACUCUCGUCUUGCGCUAGGCGCUGCUGAGGUCUUUACCAAGGCCAAGGGAGCGCGAUACAAGGGCGGCAACACCUGCAAACUGCUCUACGCUGCGUCUGGGUGUAGUGAUGACUGGGUGCUGUCGUCGGGGGCGGCGGAGUACUCGUUUACUAUUGAGCUCCGCGAUGACGGUAAAAAGGGAUUUGUCUUGCCUGCUAGCGAGAUUCUCCCGACGGGAGAGGAGAGUUAUGCUGCGACAAAGUGGCUGUUGAUGAAUCUCAAGUAA